UGAUAUCUCUAUCGACUCUCUCGUCAUUGUUUCUCGCUAUUUCGCAUUCCUCCUUUAUUAGUAGGCGUGACGGAAUUUUUGCAGGAGUGAGGGAAUAUAUUGGGUUUCAGAUCUGAGAUUCCCUCCACUUUUUAAUCAAUCGGAGAAGAAGCCAUUGGCUGGUUUUUGGGGCAAUUGAAAGGAACUUUUAUCGCGCAAGGAGGGACGAGGGAUUUCUAGUUUUUGGCGUAUCUAGAGAGGAGACGCGGGAGGUUUUGUUGCUUGAUUUUCCGUGUAACUUUCGCUGGGCGUUAGUUUGGUUUUGGCUGGGCCUAGAGUGAGGUUGCUGAUGAGGUUGAACGAAGAUUGCAGGAAUGGGGAGGAGAAGGAGAACGAUAGAGGAUCAUUGCCGCUGUCUCUGCCGCAGCUGAAGCUUGUUGUCGGGUAUGCCCUUACGUCAAAGAAGGUGAAGAGCUUUUUGCAGCCGAAGCUGGAGGGAUUGGCGAGGAGAAAGGGGAUUUUGUUUGUUGCUAUUGAUCAUCAAAAACCUCUUGCAGAACAAGGCCCAUUCGAUAUUGUGCUUCACAAGCUGACAGGAGAAGCAUGGGGACGGAUACUUGAGGAUUAUCGGGAGAAGCAUCCAGAAGUAACUGUCCUUGAUCCUCCUGAUGCCAUUCAACAUUUAUAUAAUCGGCAAUCCAUGCUUAAAGACGUUGCUGACAUAAAUUUAUGUGAUUCAUAUGGUAAAAUUGGCGUUCCUAAACAACUAGUUAUCACUAAAGACUCAUCAGCAAUACCCGAUGCAGUUUCAAAGGCUGAGCUAACUUUGCCAAUAGCUAAGCCACUAGUUGUGGAUGGAACUGCGAAGUCACAUGAGUUAUCGCUUGCUUAUGAUGCAUUCUCCUUGUCAAAGCUUGAUCCUCCUAUAGUUCUUCAGGAGUUUGUUAAUCAUGGCGGCCUCCUCUUCAAGGUUUAUAUUGUGGGGGAAGCAAUAAAGGUUGUUCGUCGAUUCUCACUUCCUGAUGUUGACAAGCGUGAACUUCGGAAAAAUGCUGGUGUCUACCGGUUUCCAAGGGUUUCUUGCGCUGCAGCUUCAGCAGAUGACGCAAAUUUGGAUCCUGGCAUUGCUGAGCUUCCUCCUCGACCUUUGCUGGAGAGACUUGCUAAAGAGCUCCGUCGUCGUUUGGGUUUACUCUUGUUCAAUAUAGAUAUAAUAAGAGAGCAUGGGACGCGGGAUCGAUACUAUGUUAUUGAUAUCAACUACUUUCCUGGCUACGGUAAGAUGCCAGGCUAUGAGCAUAUAUUUACAGACUUCCUUCUCGGUCUGGUUCAAAGCAAGUAUAAGCGACUAUUGAGCAACACCUGAAAGCGACGAAAAGGUUCCUUCAACUCCUUUUUGACAAUUUGAAGAUUCUAAUUACUUAAAGGUUUGUUGCAAGUCUCAGCUGAAUUUCUGAUGUACAUAUUUGUUCCUUUACUGCUAUUCGAGGCUUAAGAUAGGAAGUCUCUGUUAGAAGAAGGAAGCUUUAAUGCGACACGCUCUUCCUAAGAAAACAUCAACUGUUUAUAACUUUAGUUCAUACUCUAUGCCUGAAAUCUACCUUCUCAUGGAUGCAUGUUGAUUGGUUUCA